AUGGCAGAUGCUUAUGGUCCUGUUGCAGAAACAACCGGGACAGGAGCCUCUAUGCCGAAAGACGACGGUGAGAGCGCCACUGCAAGCGACUUCGGCACCUCUACUGCUACAGUGCAGUUGAUUAAUGACGAGUUUAUCUCGCCAGUCCACAAUGAUCGACUUGACGACUUUUUUGUGUCCUGUCUGUUUCCCGACUCGGAGGAUUUCCAAGGUGUAGGAGACGACACCAAUUGGCCUUCGAAUUGGCAAGUGUUAUGUCAUCCGGAUCCAUUUGCCAGUUCUCCAGGCGUCGAGCCCUUCAACUACUUGAUAGACUCCUUGACCAGUUUCACGCUCUCCCUCCCACAGGAACAUCCUGAAAGCGCCCCAAAUGACCGCUUGGCAAAGGCAGCGACUCUGUUUUCAAGAACCAACGUCGAACGAUUUGUUGGACAUUAUUUUCGAGAUUACUGUCCACAUAGUCCGAUUCUCCAUCCCGGCACCUUCCGGGUAGCUACAGCAUCACCCUUCUUACUCACAGUCCUUGUCCUCACCGGAGCUCUGUUCUCUUCUCAACCAAAUGACAUGGAGUUGGCAAGGGACAUUCUCAACCUUGUGGUGGAAUAUGCUUUCAGUAACCCUGACUUCCGGAAGUUGUUCCACGGGCCCGAUGCAGCAAAGGGGCUGGGCGAAUUCGAGUCCUUGCAAGCGCUCGAAGCUGCAUUUUUCAUCACUCAAGUUCAGCUUCGGGAAGGGUGUCCAUCUAGACGGCGAGGUGCCCGAAAGUCGCGGUUUGAAGAGAUAAUAACUGCUGUUCGAACCCUAGGUCUAUUGGAGACCCGGAACUCGUUCUUCGCAGCUGAACCACCGCCACCAGAAAAGUUUCAGUGGGCUGAGUUUGCCGCUCGUGAAUCUAGAAUUCGCCUUGUAUGUGGUAUCUUCCAUCUGGAUGCCAGCUUCACAGUGUUAUACAACAUGACACCCCGGUUGUUUGCGGAAGAGAUGAACAUUGGGAUGCCAGGUUCUGUUGAUGCGUUCUUUGCCGACAAUGCUCAGGAUUGUUAUCGGCUUUCAUUAAAGGAGCACGAGUUGCAAAGGAUGACACUUUCGCAUCUAUUCGACGUCUUUUUGCAGGACGAGUGGAGUGAGGAGAUGCGCUGUUCCAUGCAGCAGUUGUCGCUUCUGCACCUCUGCAGCGUGAUCAUGGCGCUAUCACAGAUUUUAUGGCUCUCUCCCUACCGACCUAGAAAGGAGGAAACAAUGAGACGAAUCAAGGAAGCACUGAGCAGGUGGAAAGCAGCCUGGGACUUUCAGAACGCCACCUUGACCACCCGACAACGCGACCGUUACGGAUUUCUCAAGACGAUUCCCUUUGAAUUUUGGCAGAUUGCAACUGUCCUGGUGGAGAAAAACAGUACCAGUUUGGAUACCAAAAUCACUCAAAAUGCCAUUGCUGCACUAAAUCACAACCACACGGCACAAACCAUGCUUGACAGUGUCGAGAAGGACAAAGAUGAAUCUCGCGUCGAUGGGUGGAGACUACUUGAUGCCGGGGGACCUAGGUAA